CUUGAAGUCUAACAUCUGAUCAUUAUGGUUGGUGAACUAGCUCACUUGGAGAGUGUGUUGCUUUGGCAUGUGUUCAGUGUAGGUUCAAACCUGAUCCCUACUGCGUUAAAGGAAGUUUUGGUGCUGUGGUCUCUUUCACUAUGUCUCUAUCUCUAUCUAAAAAAAAAACAAAAACAAAAACAAAACACUGUAGUUCACAUUUCAAAGACCUAUUUCUUUUAUCCAUAUUUCUGAACACUUUUUGUUAAAAAAGUAUCCUCUAUGUAACUUUUGGGAUCAGAAGGAAGGUAUUGUGAGCCCUGACCAAAACUAAGCUAGUCCAUUUAUGAUUUUCUUCUCCCCAUCUUUGGAUUCUCCUUAUUCCACAUGUGUUCCUUUUUUGCAGAUUCAUAUGUUAGUUGCUGAAAAAUGGGCCCGAUCAGUGCAGAGGCUGAUGAGAACCAGACAAUGGGAGACACAAAGGCCAAUCCCUCUGGUUCAGAGCAAACACCUCCUCCAGGAGACCUGGGCCCUGACCCUGAGCCUGAACUGAUUGACAGCACCAAGCUGAUAGAGGUCCAGAUUGUUCUCAUCUUGGCUUAUUGCACCAUCAUCUUACUGGGCGUGGUUGGUAACUCCUUGGUAAUCCAUGUGGUGAUCAAGUUCAAGAGCAUGCGCACAGUGACCAACUUCUUCAUUGCCAACCUGGCAGUGGCAGAUCUCCUGGUGAACACCCUGUGCUUGCCUUUCACUCUUACCUACACCUUAAUGGGGGAGUGGAAAAUGGGCCCCGUCCUCUGUCACCUGGUGCCCUAUGCCCAGGGUUUGGCAGUGCAGGUGUCCACAAUCACCUUGACUGUCAUUGCCCUGGACCGACACCGCUGUAUCGUCUACCACCUGGAGAGCAAGAUCUCCAAGAGGAUCAGCUUCUUGGUCAUUGGCUUGGCCUGGGGCAUCAGUGCCCUGCUCGCUAGCCCCCUGGCCAUCUUCCGGGAGCACUCACUGAUUGAGAUCAUCACUGACUUUGAGAUUGUGGCCUGCACUGAGAAGUGGCCUGGGGAGGAGAAGAGCAUGUAUGGCACCAUCUACAGCCUCUCCUCCCUGCUGAUCCUGUACGUCCUGCCUCUGGGCAUCAUAUCCUUCUCCUACACUCGGAUCUGGAGUAAGCUCAAGAACCACGUCAGCCCCGGAGCUGCCAGCGACCACUACCACCAGCGGAGGCACAAGACGACCAAAAUGCUGGUGUGUGUGGUGGUGGUGUUUGCUGUCAGCUGGCUGCCACUCCAUGCCUUCCAGCUGGCGGUAGACAUCAACAGCCAAGUCCUGGACCUGAGGGAGUACAAACUCAUCUUCACCGUGUUCCACAUCAUUGCCAUGUGUUCCACCUUUGCCAACCCUUUUCUCUAUGGCUGGAUGAACAGCAACUACAGAAAGGCUUUCCUCUCAGCCUUCCGCUGUGAGCAGAGGUUGGAUGCCAUCCACUCUGAGGUGUCCGUGACACUGAAGGCCAAGAAGAACCUGGAAGUCAAAAAGAGCAAUGGUCCCAAUGACCCUUUCACAGAGGCUACCAGUGUUUAAGGAAGCUGUGGUGUGGAAAUGCAGGAAUGAAUUCUGAGGAGAGCUCAGCUCCGUAUCACAUUAUAGAGCUGGCAGGUGUGUCCUGUGGUCCCAUUUUAAGGAAGAAGAGGAGCAUCUGAAUGGAAGUAUUUGAAGAGCAACUUGUGAAACACUGGCUGGCUCAGCCUAAGUAACAGUACUCAUCUUCAAAGAUAGUAUUGACUGACCAAGGCAGAACUAACAGCUGCUUUGAUGGCGGGCUGAGUUAUGAAUCCCACAGAGAGAAAUGCUUUUGACCAUUCUCCAGAAUGCACUGAUGAUUAGUGGUGAGCAAAUAAGUUGACAUUCGAAUCAUAUUAGGAUGUGAGGUUGGGCAGGUAGAGCACAUGCUUUGCAAGUCUGAGGCUCAGGGUUCAAUCAUUGGUACCAUAUAUGACUAUGCAGUGCUCUGGUCUCUGUUUCUCUCUCUCUCACUUAAGUCUUCAAUACUACAUUACAUCAGAGCAUAGACUGAGGAUGGUGUGCCCUGCCCCAUCUGAUGAAAAGUUCACCAAACACCAGUACUUUAGGGAGCCACAAGCUCCUUACUAUAUUUGGUUGUUUUAUUAUUGCUCUUAUAGACAAAACCCACUGGGAAAGGCUUCAGACAAACACAAUUAUUUGAAUGAGUGCAAGGAAACACAUUGAAAUCUUCUAAAUAAUUGGUAAUUUGGCAGUUGAUAAGGAGAUUCUCAAUACCUGAUUAGUGAAUUGUUCUUAAAACCAAAUGCACAUUCAGUGAAGGGUUUUGUUUUCUUUUUUCUCAACUAAGAAUCAGAGACUGAUAUAUAUAUAUUUUUUUCUUUUUAACCAGAGCACUGCUCAGCUGUGACUUAUGAUAGUGUGGGGGAUUGAACCUGGGAAUCUGGAGCCUCAAGCUUGAGAAUCUCUUUGCAUAACCAUUGUGCUAUCUACCCCCUCCCAGCUGAAAUCCUCUGAAUUCUAGAAACAUAAGUCAUCAUUUAACUUCUUUUUUCAAUGUGUCCCUGCUCUCUCUCUCCCCCUCCCUUUCACGUGCUCUCCCUUC